CACAGCAACAUACGCUUGUAAUUAUAGAUAGAAGUUUAGUCGGCGGCCAGAACUCGACGGCAACGACGGUGCUUGCACAGAGUCUCAAGCGAAAAACAUCUCGGUUUCUUAUAUUAAAUUUAGUAAACCCGCCUUGGCUCAAUCGGUUGCACCGAAUUCGAAACUACAAAAGCUUACGUUGUGCGUGUAAAAAAGUUGUUUUAAAAAUAUCAAGAUCAAUUGCAUUGUCUCGUCCACUCGUUCGGCUCCUGGCGAAACGAAUGGCCGUCUUCGCAUCCGCGUCAACAAAUUACGAACGAUAGGCGUCGGCGCGCACAAUGUCCCGUAAAACCAGCGGCGCCAAAGCCCUCAAAGUUGCACCAACACAACAUGACGAGAAUGCCGGCGAAAUGCUGGUGGCCUGGCAGGCCUAUAAAGCCAUGACACCCGAAGAAUUAACAUUGAAUGAAGGUGAUUUAGUGGAGUUACUUGAUACAGAAGAUCCAACAGUUCCAGGCGCAAAGAGACGUAAAAUUGACCCUUCGUUAGAUGUUGGGGGAGAAGGACUUUUAGACAGCUCUGCUGCCAAACAUAAACUUUCAGUCAAACCCAAAAAGUCUAAAAGCAGUUCGAGGUAUUCCCCAAGCAGGAAUCCUUUGAAUGCAAGAUGGUUAGUAAAAAUGGUACAUGGCGACAAGAAACAAGGUUGGGUACCAUGCCAAGUGUUACAAACUGCUGAUGAACCUCAGCCUGGAACAGGUCUACCUGGAGAUGCAGCAUUCCGAAGACAAGCUGUUGUUAAGGAACUAGUGGAAACGGAACAAGAAUUCGUGCGUGACUUAGACUUUGUCGUCCAGAAAUACUUGAUAGGAUCCGAUAAAGAAGCACGUAAACCAAAGAUAAUCAAAGACAACUUUGAAUUGAUAUUCGGCAACCUCAAAGAAAUCGCGGAAUUUCAUCGCACUGUUCUGAUGGAAGGCGUCAAGUAUUACGCCAACGAGCCACAGCUUCUCGGCAAGGCCUUCCUGCGUCUCGAACGUGACUUUGACAAACACGUCAACUAUUGCAAGGAGGAACCAUUGGCGCAAGCAUUCCUCGAUUCCUGCGUGAUCGCGCGCGAUUAUUUCGAGGAACUAUCCACCCGUUUAGCCGACGAUAAAUCCAUUUCCGAGCACUUAAAGUUACCAAUACAAAGGAUAAACGACUACCAAUUACUGUUAAAGGAAUUGGUAAGGUACAGUGCUUGUCUUGGCGAAGACAACACUGAUUUACAAAAAGCCCUUGAGUUGAUGCUAAGCGUCCCACAUCGUGCACAAGACGAUAAAUUCACCAAUAGCAUAGAAGGAUACCGUGGCAGUAUCCACAAGUUGGGACGCCUGUUGGCCCACGAUUGGUUCUCAGUUUGUUUCGGAGAUAUCACCAAAGAGCGCUACCUGUUUUUGUUCAAAGCGCGUAUUUUAAUAUCAAAAGUUAGGCGGAUAUCCGACGAUCGAUCCGUGUUUCAACUCAAAGAUAUCAUCAAACUACCGCAAGUGGAAGUCAAGGACUAUCCAGACGAUCCUUUUACGUUUGAUCUGAUCGAUAAAACUGCUGGAAACGCUUUGAAACUCACUGGACAUAGAGAAAACGUGAAGCCUUUUUGGUUGGAAGAGAUCAGAGAGUUUGCUAGUGAAGCAGAAGAGGGUGUAGAAGAUAUUCAGAUUAUAUCACAACCACCAUCACCUCCCGAACCUAUCAAAUCACCAUAUCAAUUACCCAAAACAAUCGAAAAACCUAUUGAAACUAAAGAAGUACAGCAAAAAGUGGUAGUUGAGGCUAAAAAAGAAGAAGUACAACAAAAAGUGGUAGUUGAGGCUAAAAAACAAGAAGUUCAACAAGUAUCAAAACAAGAAGUAAAAUCUACGACUGUUACAAGCGCCAAACAAGUGACAAAUCAACAAGAAGUAAAGGUAACUCAAGUUUCUGAAGAAGUUAAGGUUGCUCAAAAAGAAGUGAGUACAGCCCAAUCAAAAGUCACUUUUGCUCAACAAGAAGUUAUCAAGGAACUUAAAACAGUACAGGCUAAAGAGGAAACUAAAGUUGCCGAAUUAUCUAAGACAGAAAGUCGUACACCAGCUUUCACACCACCUGCAGCUGCAGAAAAACCUCUUGUAACACCAAUACCAAGUGAAGCAAAAGAGAAUCCAAAUCCAAUCAAAAAGAGUGACACUAGCGAGUCAGUCGGUAAAACAUCUUCUGAACUAAUCAAAUUUAGAGGUCAUAAACUAGACAAUCCUAAAUUAAAAGGCAGCCAUAUUGCUGUACCUGGAAUAGAACAUACCGCAUCAAGCAGUUUCCUCGCUAGGGAUGGUUCAAGAAGUAGCAUCCCUGAUUACGGUGACAGUUUUAGAGUAAACGUUGAAGUUGACCUUGAAGUUGAAAAAGACCCCAAGAAACACAUCACUGACUACGGUAUUAACGAGAGUAGCAACGGGGAGAUGUCCUCGUAUAGCCGACGCACCACAAGUAGCCACUCCAGCGAGGGUUCUUCCACUAGGAAAUAUGAGUCCAGGUAUUCUUCAAGAUCUUUGGAUUCCGAGGGAGUUGGUGAAUCCAUGAGCGGUUUAAGCAGUUAUCGUAGGAGUUCUUCGAGGACCGAGGAUGAUGACCUUGGUAGUAGCUACAGCAGCAGACGUAGUAUCCGCGAAAAACGUUCCGUUCGCACUUCUGUUAUUGACGAUGAAGACGUCUCGAAAGCUCGUAGAGAAAGAUUGCUUCGCAUGUCAAUUGAUGAAGAAGAUCCUGAUGUGUACAUUAGUAAAAUCAAAUCCAGGGGUAUCGAAAGUUCCUCAACUGAAGAAGCUUCAAGCUACAGAAGAUCUCUUUCAACAAAAACAUCUGUUGAUGAUGAUGACGACGCUUAUUUAGCUAAAAUUCGUGCAAGGAGCGAAAGUGGUUAUAAAAGAUCCAACAGUAGAGAAACCACUAAGACCAGCUAUGCCAGGGAACUCAGCGAAGACAUGGAUCCAGAAGCUUACAUUUCUAAGAUCAAAUCUAAAACUGACGAGGUAUCCUACAAACGAACGACUUCUACUGAUAGUACUGGAUAUUCAAGAUCUACAAGCGUUGCGGGUCAAGAGGAGGAGGACAGGUUGGCUAGAUUCGAAAAAUAUUCGAAACGAAAACAAUCGAGCGAACAAACUGACAGUGAUUCGUUCCAAACAGUCACUCAGAAAACGAAAUUCGACGGUAAGACCUUUGAGGAAGUAGUCAAGAGCAAGAGCAGGGACGAUUUAGGAAUGGCGCCCCCUGACGAAUCUCCCAAGUUUACCAAGACCAUUGGUGGUGUUCAUGUUCGACUUACGGAGGAAGAACAAUUAGAACUCCAGAAACCAGCGUUCAUAAUCAAAUUCAAAGAUACCGAAUUAUUGGAGGACACCUACAUGCGUUUCAUGUGCAAAGUUAAAGGAGACCCGCACCCGAAAUUAACUUUUUACAAGGACGGCAAGGAAAUUAAAGAAUCCGAACGCAUUAGUGUCAAUCGUGACCAUUCUGAUACUGACUUCUACGAGCUGGUAAUCCCAGAUGUUAAACCUGAUGAUGCUGGUGUUUAUAAAUGUGUGGCGAAGAACGAACAUGGAGAAGAUUCAACUGAAGCAAGCGUUACUGUCACUGAAUCGAAGCAUUUGUUUGACGAAUUUGCUGAUUCUGAAGGUUUACUACCAAAGGGCGAGAAACCAACUUUCAUCUGGAAGAAAGAUGGUGCUUCUAUUGAUGUUGACGAACGUUUUAAGGUUCUAAUGGGUGAUGAUGAAGAUUCACUUGCUUUGAUCUUCCAACAUGUGAAGCCUGAAGAUGCUGGGUUGUACACUUGUGUUGCCCAGACCACCACAGGUCAUAUCAGUUGCAGUGCUGAAUUGACAGUUCAGGGAACUGUGCAUGAGUUGUAUAGAGAGCCUGAGAAACCUCAACUUAUUAUUGAAAAACGUGAUCCUAUUACUGCUGUAGGAGGAUCUUGCAUGAUGGAGUUGCAGGUGAAAGGUUUCCCGAAACCUAAAGUCACCUGGACUCAUGAGGGUCAACCUGUUGAAGCAGGUAGUAAGUACAAGUUCCUAUACGAAGAUGAAGAAAGUAUGACUGUGGUCAUCAAGAACGUUGAGGGUUCAGAUGCUGGCAAGUACGAGAUUACAGCUGAGAAUGAACUGGGUCAAGACAUCAGAGAGAUGCAUUUGACCGUAAAAGCCCCGCCUACUCUGUCCAAGAUGCAGGACACUACUGCAUCCACUGAUCAAGAAUUGAAGAUGAGCGUUGAUGUCACAGGUAUACCUGAACCAACCGUACAGUUCUAUAAGAACGGCAAAGUUAUUAAAAACUCCGAGCAAAUGACCGUUAUCAAAGAAAGUAACAAACAUUCAGUGGUCAUCAAGAAGACUACUUUGAGCGACUCUGGAUCAUACUCUGUUGUGGCUAAUAAUGAAAUGGCCCAAGUUACACAACUGUGGAAUCUUGAUAUUUACACCAAGCCAAAGAUUUUGAAGAAACUUGGUGAGAGUAAAGAAGUUCAUCAAAACAUUAAUUGCGAGUUGAGUAUCAAAUUGGAAUCUGAACCAGCAGCGGAAGUUACAUGGUUUAAAGAUGGCGUGGAAAUCACUGCCGAUAGUCAUUACACAACCGAAAGCGAUGGGGGCACUUACACACUGCGAAUUAGCGGCACUGUUGUUACAGAUUCAGCCAACUACAAAUGCAAGGCUAAAAAUAUUCACGGAUCUAUCGAGGAUGAAGUGCGUGUUGACGUCAAACGUAAACCCACGAUCACUGUCGGUUUAGAGGAUAAGACAGUGACUGAACAUGACAAGAAUGUCACGCUUGAUGUUAAAGUUGAUUCUUUCCCCAAACCACAAGUAAAAUGGUUCUUGGACGAAGUAGAAAUUUUAGAAACACGUAAUGAAUUUGCUCAGAGUCAAAGUAAUGAUGGACUUAAACUGGUUAUCAAAGAGGUGACCAGUGAGUUGCAGGGAAAAUAUACUUGCAAAGUUAUUAAUGAACUUGGCGAUGUCAGCACUUCCGCCAAACUGACGGUCAACUGCAAACCACGUAUUCGUAAACAACUCAAGGACACAACUGUUGAAGAAGGCGCUGCCCUUCAUCUAGAAGUUGAAGUAGAAUCAGUUCCUGAUGCGACUGUAAAAUGGUUGAAGAAUGGUCGUGAAGUAAAUGCCGAUGCAAGAAUUAAAAUUACCCGGGAUCAACAAAGGCUGGAAAGUUACAAUUUAACUGUAAAUCUGAUCAAGUACGAAGAACAAGGAGAAUAUGAAGUUCAAGUUACCAAUUCCUUGGGCACGGUUUCCAGCAAGAGCAAUGUUACAGUACACAAAGUGACCCACACCGAUGCCGAGGAAGUGGAUCAAGAACCCGUAAAAUUAACAAUGACCGUAAUUGAGUGUGAUCAGGAACAGGAAGCUAUCCUGCACUCUAGCGAUGAAUCUCAAGGUGAAACGGAUAUUGAACCUCCAUCACCUAUUAUAGUUGAGAAAGUAGAUAUUGACGUCGAAUCGAAUUAUACAGUACAGUCACCUGUUGAUGAGCCCCAGCAAGGUUUAUUUGAAGAUGCAAUGCCACAAAUUGUUGAACAUGACAUGAAGGAUCGCAAACAAUUUGAAUCCCUGACAACAAAGUUCAGUGUAAAAACAUCUGGUAAUCCACCACCUACUGCAACCUGGUCACUCAACGGUGAAGUAUUGAAAAUAGGCGGUAAUGCAAGAUACAAAAUCUCUGAUGAUGGUAACGAGCACAAGUUGGAGAUGACUAAACUGAAACCUGUCGACGCUGGCGCAAUCGAAGUGACGAUUGCCAACUGCGUGGGUGAUGUUAAGCAGAGUGGCAAACUCGAAAUUAUCCCCGAGGCUGAAUUGAGGAGACCUAAAAUUCGCGAUGGCCAAGGUCUUGUUGAUACAACCGUCAUCAAGAAGAAAUCUGCCACACUCAAAGCUAUUGUUGUUGGUGAUCCCAUUCCGGAAGUCACAUGGAUGUUCCAGGGACAGAAAUUAUCUCAGGAAUUGAUCGAUGAACAUAAAAUGGUCUUGGAAACUCAUCAUACUGACAUUCAAGAUGGUCUUAAGGAGUGUUCAUUCUCGCUUACAAUCCCACGUUCUGAAAGAGUCAACGGUGGUGAUUAUGAGUUGAAGGUGAAGAACAAAUGGGGUACUGCUAGUUCCAGCGCAGUGCUUACUGUUGUCCUCAGCCCGGAAAUCGAAGGUCCUGAUUAUGUUAAAGUAGUUCCAGGUGAUGCAACUGAACUGGUUGCUAUUAUUCAAGCUAAUCCACCACCGAUUGUCACAUGGACAAAGAGUGAAAAUGUAAUUGAAGCCGCAGGCGAUAUUGAAAUCAUCGCUGAUGUUGCAAAUGAAAAGUACACGUUGAAGUUCAACAAGGUUCAAUUAUCAGAUGAAGGCUAUUAUAAAGUCUACGCUAAGAACGAGUACGGAGAAAGCAGCUCUGAAGGAAGAAUCAAAACUAUCAGUGAGUAUUACAUCCCGGAACCGUUGACUGAGAAACCACAGUUUAUCACUGGUUUAACCGACGGUCAAGUCGCGCACGGCGGUGAGAUUACUCUCAUGGUGCGUGCUGAUGGCCUCCCAAGACCUGAUAUUAAAUGGUAUGUCAAUGAUAAGGAAAUUACUGAAGCUCCUGGGUUGAUUUUUGCUACUACAUCAGAUAGACAACUCACCAGUAGUUUAAUUAUUACUGAUUAUCAAGAAAAAGAUGCUGGAAUUUACAAAGUCACUGCUACUAAUGUUGUUGGUGAUGUUGAAACAAGCGCCCGUGUUUCCAUGCUUCAAACCCCACCAACUUUCGGCAAAAGAUUAGAAAAGUCUCAAGAAGUCAACGAAGGUGAACCUUUAGCCCUCAAAGCCAAAAUUUGUGGAAGCCCUAAACCUACUGUGGCCUGGUACAAAGAUGGAGAACCAAUUGAUCCUAACAAUUCAAGAAUCAAAACUGAAUUAUUACCUGAUGGUACUGUCAAAUUAAAUAUUGAACAAUGCACACCAGAAGACAGUGGUGCUUAUAAACUGGUCGUCAAGAAUGCCAAUGGAGAAACAGCAGGUCUCUGCGCGGUUGUAGUUAAUGCUAAACCACAACGCCCCAUGUUUACGAAAUGCAUCAAAGAUACUAAAGUAAUGAUCGGUGAACCAUUGAAGUUGGUAGCUAAAGUGAGUGCAAAUCCACCACCAGAAAUCAAAUGGAUGAAAGAUGGCCUGCCAAUCAGAGCUUCUUCUAACAUAAGAAUGGAACACCAUCCAGAUGGAACGGUUGCAUUGAUUAUUGAUAACGUAAAACCAGAAAAUGCUGGUAAAUAUACACUGACUGUGUCGAAUAAAAUGGGUGAGAUUUCUGCGGAUGCUAAAGUAGAACUUGAGAAACGCCCAACUAAACCUGAAUUCAUCACUAAGAUUCAACCACUAACUGUUGUUGAAGGAUUCCCUGCUAAAUUUGAAGUUAAAGUUACUGGUAAUCCUCAACCACAAGUAGCAUGGUUGCGCAAUGGCGCCGAAGUAAUUUCGGAUGCUAAACACAUCAAAGUCACCGAUUUACCUGAUGGUGUAAGUGUUUUGCAUAUUGAAGCAUGCGAUUCGGUCCGUGAUGCAAUGGUCUACCAUGUUGUUGCUUCCAAUGAUGCUGGUGAGGCAAAAUGUCAAGCUGAAUUGACAGUUAACCCAGCAAGCAGAAAUGAUCGUCCUGAAGAACGUCCACAAUUCUUACACAGUUUGCGUGACGUUAUUACUGAUGAAGGUCAACCACUUGUCCUGGAAGCACCGUUUACUGGUAAUCCCAUUCCGACUGUUGAAUGGUCUAAAGAUGGAGUUCCUCUUAAACCAUCCGAAAGGAUUUUGUUAACUUGCGAUGGUCGUAAAGUUGGUUUGACUGUAGACAAAGCACUUCCAUCUGAUGCUGGUCAAUACAGUGUUACUAUUAUCAACCCAUUGGGUUCUGAAAGCUGCCAAGCUAAAGCCUCUGUUCAUAAAGUCUUCCAAGCACCUUCAUUCACUCAAAAGUUUGGAGAUAUUCAACAAGUACCUGGCAGAGAUGCUAAAUUCCCAGCGAGGGUAUCCGGUGUACCACAACCAGAUGUUAAAUGGACCAAAGAUGGCGUCGAAUUGCGAGAUAGCGAAAAGUAUAGGAUCAAACGUGAUGGUGAUGCUUGCUGUUUGUAUGUUAUGGAUUCUCAGCCUGAAGAUGUUGGUGUAUACACUGCCACUGCCUCCAACAAGGAAGGAUCAGCUACUUGCAUGGGCAAACUUGACAUUGUCAAAGAAAUCAAAGUGCAAAAGAAGGUUGAGCCCGCUAACUUCGUCAAGAAGAUUGGUGAUACCGAACUUUAUAAGGGCAUGACCGCUAAAUUCACUGCAUGUGUUGCUGGUAUUCCGGAACCAAAAGUAGAAUGGUAUAGAAAUGACCAUCGUUUGUAUCCCACUGAUAGAGUUAGAAUGCAAACUGACCCCAAUGGUCUUCUACGUCUUACAAUUGCGGGUGUAGAUCAAGAUGAUUUGGGUACAUAUAUCUGCAAAAUUUACAAUGACCAUGGAUCAGACAGUUGCGAAGCACAACUUCGAUUCGAUGAAGGAUUGGAAGAUCGUCCAAAACGCCUCACAGAUCAAUACACCGAUUACGAUAAAUAUAAGAAGACCGGGGCACCAAUGCCUCUAUCUGACCCACCAAUUAUUUCCCGCAUGACUGACCGUCAUUGCACCGUAUCUUGGAAACCUUCAAUUCCAACAGGUCCACGGGCCCCAGUUACCUACCAACUCGAAAUGUUGGAGUUGCCUAAUGGUGAUUGGUUUACUGUACGUUCGGGUAUCAGGAGUUGUUGUUGCGAUGUUCGUAAUCUGGAACCAUUCCGCGACUACAAAUUCCGAGUACGCGUUGAGAACAAAUAUGGAAUCAGUGACCCAUCACCGUAUGCACUGACGCACAGAGAGAAAUUAGAACCGGAUCCGCCCAAGUUCAUGCCGUACUUGCCUCCGGGUAUCGAUUUCCGCCCGGAAACAUCACCGUACUUCCCGAAGGACUUUGACAUCGAUCGUCCACCUCAUGAUAAUAUGGCACAGGCACCAAGAUUCUUGCGACAAGAAUAUGACGCUCAAUAUGGCGUAAAAGAUCAAAGCUGCAGCUUGUUUUGGUUUGUUUAUGGUUAUCCCAAACCGAAGAUGACUUAUUACUUUAAUGACAUCCUGGUUGAGUCUGGGGGUAGAUAUGAUAUGAGUUACACAAGAAAUGGACAAGCAACAUUGUUCAUCAAUAAAAUGUUAGAUCGAGAUGUUGGUUUUUACGAAGCUGUUGCAAUCAAUGAACAUGGCGAAGCCAGACAACGAGUACGUUUAGAGAUUGCUGAAGCUCCGUGCUUUAUUCGUAGACCUGACAUUGAAUAUGUCAUGGUGCGUAAUAAAGUACGAUUUGAUGCGCGUAUUACUGGAGUGCCAUAUCCGGAAAUCAAAUGGUACAAGGAUUGGAAACCACUAGCUAAUUCUUCUAGAAUUAAGAUUCAGUGGAUGGAACCAGACACAGCAAUUCUCAUCAUCAACGAUUCAAUCUUUAAAGAUGAAGGUUUAUACUCGGUCAGUGCUCGUAAUGUUGCAGGCAGUAUAUCCGCCAGUGCAAUGCUUCACGUAGAAGAGAAUGAUUUGGAAUACAACAUUAGAACAUAUCAAAACCCUAACCCCAUCAAACUUCGCAAGAAGCCAUAUUCAGAAUUAUACGAUAUUGGUGAUGAAUUAGGUAGAGGCACAUCAGGCAUCACCUACCAUGCGGUAGAAAGGUUAAAUGGCAGAAACUAUGCUGCCAAGAUCAUGCACGGUAGAGGUGACUUUAGACCAAUGAUGUACAACGAAUGGGAAAUGAUGAAUCAACUGCAUCACAGAAGACUAAUCUCAUUGCAUGAUGCUUAUGAACAUGAAGACAGUUUGACCUUGAUCAUUGAACUUGCCGCCGGUGGUGAAUUGGUCAAAGAUUAUUUGUUGAAAACAGACUACUACACCGAGUCUGAUAUUGCUGGAUUUAUCCGACAAACCCUUCAAGGAAUUCAAUAUAUGCAUGAGAGAGGCAUUGGCCACAUGGGUCUUAAUAUUGGUGAUUUGUUAUUAUCUCAUCCCAACAGUGACGAACUCAAAAUCGCAGACUUUGGUCUCUCCAGAAGAAUCCAAAUGGGUAAACUAUAUCCACUGAAAUAUGGUGUGCCAGAAUUCGUAAGUCCGGAAUGCGCAAACGGUGAAGGUACCGGUUUGGGCCAUGAUAUGUGGAGUAUUGGUAUUAUUACCUACAUAUUAUUGUCCGGACACUCUCCAUUCAGAGGUGUACAUGAUAUGGAAACUCUACAACGUAUCCAAGCCGGAAAAUGGCAAUUUGACGAAUCCUGGUGGAGUCAUCUCAGUUUGGAAGCACGCGAUUUCAUUACAAAGUUGCUUGUUUACCAAGCUGAAGGUCGUAUGGAUGUGCACACAGCAUUACGCCAUCCAUGGUUGGAAAGAGCCGACAAAGUCUGGCAAGAUGAAUAUAAGAUCAGCAGUAAAUACCUGCGCGAUUACUUCUUGUUGUAUAGAGAAUGGUAUGACAACGCAUCCUGUCAAAGGUGGUUCAGACGUAGACCUCUGGAAGGAGCGUUUACUCAUCCAUCCAGGAUGGUUUAUCCACCUGGUGAGAGGUAUACACCACCACCAGAAACACCAGCAGAGAAAUCGAAGAAGAGAACAUGGGAAGAUGCAGUUCCCAGUAGGUCACCUCUUAAUUAUGAAAUUGGUGUAUUCAAAUCAGAAAGCCAUUACCAAAAUGGUCCGGAUACAUAUUUAUUACAACUGCGUGACGUUGAUUUCCCUGUACGUCUACGUGAGUACAUGAAAGUGGCCGGAAGCCGUGGACCUUGCGUAGCCCACAUCGUAUCCAACGAAAAUGGUUUUGAUUGGGAGACACCAGUCAUCCGUGAACGUAGGCGUUUCACAGACAUCAUGGACGAAGAAAUCGAUGAUGAAAGAAAGACACGAAUCAACCGUUACGGAACCGGUGAAUCUAGUUACACCCUUAGACGUCUCAGACACGAAAUAGGUACACGUUUAGACACCUACAUUGAAGCCGAAGCAUUCUUGGAAAGCAAGAUUGAGGGACGUUUACCAUUCUUCCGCGAAAAGCCGCAGAUGUUAGCAAUGCAAGAGGGUAAAGAUCUGGAAUUGAUUUGCAUGGCUGUCGGUGACCCAGAACCAACUGUACAAUGGUUCAAAAACGAUGCUAUUCUCGCUGAAUCGCACCGAAUUAAAAUUACACUUGAUGCUAACGGCCGAUCGCAUUUGAAAUUCUGCCCAGCGCUCUCGUUCGAUCUGGGAAUGUACAAAAUCGUCGCGCGUAAUAAAAUCGGCCAGACAAUCGCACGCACACGAGUAGUUCUGGGUGAAGUAUCCGACGCUCCCGAUUCGCCCGAAGGUGCACAAGUGUCGGACGAUCAAGUAUUGCUCACUUGGAAGCAACCCAAACACGACGGCCAUGCGCCAGUCAUUUGUUACAGCAUACAAUAUAAACUCGCCGAUGAUAUGGAGUGGGUCGAGAAGGCAAACAAUGUAGAUCACGAAUUCUAUUUGGUCCAAGGAUUGGAAGCGGGCAAGAACUACAUUUUCAGACUAGCGGCGAAGAAUGCAAUGGGCUGGAGCGAGUAUGGUGUCGCCUCACCGGUCAUCAUGACCCUUCCGGUUGGAGCGCCGAAGAUUCAAUUGAGCAGAGCCAUGACGCACUUGCAACAAAUGACCGACGCUGGUGCCGAAGCACAGUUGGAUAGACGUAACUCAUUGGUGUACACAUUCGAAACUGACCCAACUGAUUGGAUUAAAUCCGAUCCACAAGACAAAUACAAUUUUAUUUCCGAGAUCUACCGCGGGCAAUUCGCCGCUGUAGUGAAGGCAUUAGAUAAAAAGAAUGACCGCGUUGUUGUCGCUAAAGUAAUCGACACGAACGCUCAAGGCGACGAUCACGUCGAGGGGGAAUUCGCGGCGUUAAGGUCGUUGAGACACGAAAGAAUUGCGAUUAUGUUGGAAGCGUACAAGUCACCCGAUCGAUCAUCCGUGUUUAUACUUGAAAAACUGCAGGGUGCUGAUGUACUUACCUAUUUAGCUACACGACACGAAUACACUGAACAAACUGUGGCGACGAUUGUAUCACAGGUGCUGGAUGGCUUACAAUACUUGCACUGGCGUGGUUUGUGUCACUUAGAUUUACAACCUGAUAACAUCGUCAUGUGCGGCGUGCGAUCGGUGGAGGUGAAACUGGUGGAUUUCGGGUGUGCACACAGAGUUACCAAGCUUGGCAACCAUGUUCCUAUUGUAGGCAGUCAUGACUACAUUGCUCCUGAAGUGUUAGCGGAAGAACCAGCAUUUCCACAAACAGACAUUUGGAGCGUUGGUGUGUUAAUCUAUGUUUUGUUGUCUGGUACAUUACCGUUCCGUGGCGCAACGCCCGAAGAAUCGCGCCAGAACAUCCUUUUCGUGCGCUACCGAUUCGAACAUCUCUAUAAGGAAGUAUCGCAGGAAGGCGUCCGUUUCGUGAUGUUAUUGUUCAAGCGACACGCAAACAAACGACCCACAGCGGAGGAAUGCCACGAAAACAGAUGGUUGCUGCCCACGGACUUCAUGAUCAAAAAGCGUGAGCGUGCUGUGUUCCUCGGCAACCGCCUCAAGGAGUACUCCGAGCAGUAUCAUGCGGAAAAAUGUAAGGAUGUUACAACGUCGGCGGGCAAAGUCGGACGCUCGAUGAGCAUACAAGAAGAGCUACAAACUGCUCCGUUUUAAUUUAGAGAUAUAUACGCAAAUAUUUGUUACUUAAUUUAAAUUAUGAUUGCCCAAUUUUUAAUAUCGAACCCUGUUUAGCUGAAUACAAUUAUUUUGAAUUUUGUGGAAACGAUGAAAAUGAUAACUGUAAAUAUGGCAAUAACAAUGGAACUUUGUUUUCGGCAAUUUUAAAUUAAACUAUUAAUAUAUUAAUUAAUUUUAGAAUAGAUUAUUAUACGCGGCAGUGAAUGCACAUGUUUUUGUUCUCUUAUUUCGAAUAAAAUAAUUAUUGAUGUUGGCCUUAAA